CUCUUACCCCUCCUCUUCCCCUGCCGCCUUCCCCCCGUCUCUCCUCUCCUCCUCUCCUCUCCGCCCCGCUCCCCGCCAUGAGGCCGUGCCCGCCGGCGGCGGCAGCGGCGCGCGCGUGAGGGCGCCGCCGGGAGCUGCUGCGUCCGCCAAGAUGGCGUGUGUGCUGGAGGCGCCGCUCCGCAUGAGCGUCCUCUCGGAGGUAACGGCGAGUAGCCGCCACUAUGUUGAUAGAUUAUUCGACCUUGAUCCCCAGAAAGUCCUGCAAGGUGUCAUAGAUAUGAAAAAUGCUGUAAUUGGAAACAACAAACAAAAAGCCAACUUGAUUGUUUUGGGAGCAGUUCCAAGGUUGCUGUAUUUACUUCAACAAGAAACCUCCAGCACAGAACUGAGAACAGAAUGCGCUGUGGUCCUCGGAAGCCUUGCAAUGGGUACAGAGAAUAAUGUCAAAUCCUUACUAGACUGCCACAUUAUCCCAGCCUUACUACAAGGAUUGCUGUCUCCAGAUAUGAAGUUUAUUGAAGCUUGCCUGCGAUGUCUCCGUACCAUUUUCAUCAGUCCUGUCACUCCAGAGGAUCUACUAUACACAGAUGCUACAGUUAUCUCCCACCUCAUGGCCCUGCUCAGUAGGUCUCGGUAUACACAAGAAUACAUCUGUCAGAUCUUCUCACAUUGCUGCAAAGGUCCAGACCACCAGACAAUCUUAUUUAACCAUGGAGCUGUUCAGAAUAUCGCUCAUCUGUUAAUCUCCACCUCCUACAAAGUUCGAAUGCAAGCAUUGAAAUGCUUCUCAGUUCUAGCCUUUGAAAACCCACAGGUAUCAAUGACUCUUGUAAAUGUGUCGGUGGAUGGAGAAUUGUUACCGCAGAUUUUUGUGAAGAUGUUACAAAGGGACAAGCCUAUUGAAAUGCAGCUCACAGCAGCCAAAUGCCUUACUUCCAUGUGCAGAGCGGGUGCAAUACGGACAGAUGAUUCUUGCAUCGUUCUUAAGACUUUGCCCUGUUUGGUUCGAAUGUGUAGCAAGGAAAGACUGCUGGAAGAGAGAGUAGAAGGAGCAGAAACCCUGGCCUAUUUGAUUGAAACAGAUGUGGAGCUCCAGAGAAUUGCCAGCAUUACUGACCACCUCAUUGUCAUGCUUGCUGACUACUUCAAGUAUCCCAGCUCAGUGAGUGCAAUCACUGAUAUCAAGAGGCUUGACCAUGAUUUGAAGCACGCCCAUGAACUGCGCCAGGCUGCUUUCAAGCUCUAUGCUUCCCUGGGAGCAAAUGAUGAAGAUAUCCGAAAAAAGAUCAUUGAGACUGAAAAUAUGAUGGACAGAAUUGUUAAUGGCUUGUCUGAAUCAAGUAUCAAGGUGCGGUUAGCUGCAGUCAGAUGUUUGCACAGUUUGUCCCGUUCUGUACAGCAGCUCAGGACAAGUUUUCAGGAUCAUGCUGUAUGGAAGCCUUUAAUGAAGGUUUUACAGAAUGCUCCAAAUGAAAUUCUCGUAGUAGCAUCUUCCACGCUAUGCAAUCUUCUGCUGGAAUUCUCUCCAAGCAAGGAGCCUAUUUUAGAAUCAGGAGCCAUAGAACUUCUAUGUAGUCUAACACAGAGUGAAAAUCUUGCCUUGAGAGUGAAUGGCAUUUGGGCUUUAAUGAAUAUGGCAUUUCAAGCAGAACAGAAGAUCAAAUCAGACAUCUUACGAGGUCUGAGUACAGAGCAGUUAUUCCAGUUGCUUUCUGAUUCUGAUGUAAAUGUUCUGAUGAAAACUUUGGGACUGCUCAGGAAUCUUCUUUCCACUCGCCCUCACAUAGACCAUAUAAUGAGCACUCAUGGGAAGCAAAUCAUGCAAGCAGUGACCCUCAUUCUGGAAGGGGAGCACAAUGUAGAAGUCAAAGAGCAGACAUUAUGUAUACUUGCCAAUAUAGCAGAUGGAACGACAGCAAAGGAACUGAUUAUGACCAAUGAUGACAUCCUGCAGAAAAUCAAGUACUACAUGAGUCAUUCAAAUGCUAAACUUCAGCUUGCUGCCAUGUUCUGUAUAUCUAAUCUCAUAUGGAAUGAAGAAGAAGGUUCACAAGAACGCCAGGAUAAACUCCGAGACAUGGGAAUAGUAGAUAUUCUACAUAAAUUGAGUCAGUCAUCAGAUCCAAAUCUGUGUGACAAGGCAAAGACAGCACUCCAGCAAUAUCUUGCAUGAUCAAAGACUGAUUGAAUCUAUGGACACCCCUCAUGUCUACUUAAGGAACAGCAGGAGAUAUUCCUGGCUCCUUAUAUUUGCACAAGUCACCUUGGGCUGCAUUUUUCUCAGGUGCAGGGAGCUGCUUUGCAGAAACAGUUUAAAUGAUCAGGUCUCCAGUGCACUUGAGAAUCUUCUUGAGGUAGUUUCUUUACUCAGAGGACUCCUGGGGGGUUGUUUUGGUUUUUUGGGGCUUUUUUGUUUGUUUUUUUUUCCCUGAGCUACCUGGACUUUCAGAUAGAACAAUCAGUCAUCAUUUUCCUUUUGGGCCUCCAAUUUUCUGCUUUUGCUGCAGCCUGUGUGUGUGGAUCUGUGUGCUCGAGUGUGUGCGUGUCCUCGGGUGGAUGCGUGGGAGAGUGAGACCUCAGUUUUGUUUUUUCCCUUUUUUUUGUGUGUGAAAAUCUUUUUCUACAAGUUUUCAAGGAUUUAACCAUUGUUUGCUGUAUGAAUACUUCAAAGAAUUAUAUACAGUUUGAUGAAAUGUUAUUUAAAAAAAACAAAAAAACCCACAAAAAAACAACAAAAAAAACCCCCAAAACAGUUGUAUCCCAUAAAGUUUAUUUUGAAUUUUGAACAGAUGAAUGUUUUUAAGUAAAAUAUAUGCAUUUCUGAACUUCAGCUUAACUUACAUUACACUUCCUUUUUGAAGAGAAAAAGAGGGAGGGCAGCAGACCCUAAAUUAUAAGCAGCACAUUCUGUCCUGACAAGGUCCAAGAGGUUUUUUUCCCACCCUAUGAAGUCACUUGGUACUGAAGACAUGCUCAAAUCCAUGGAAUGGUGCAGUUGGAUUGUUUUGGGUUUCUUUCUGUACCUAGAAGAAAAGCUCAUACUUCACAGACUUUUCUGGAAAGGGAUCAGGUGGCUGCAAUAUCAGCAGGCAUAAGCUAUUGCUUUAGUAGCCAAGAACUUGCUCAGAUAAUUGCUGAAGGAUUAGCUCCCAGCUGAUAAGUAUUUGCUGGUCACUAAUAAGGACAGAGCAAACAGAAGUUACACUGCCAAGAGACCAGAAGGUGUUGGCAAGGAGUGAUUAGAUUGCUUUUGUUCUGCAUCCUUUACCUCCAGGUCUAGUUAAGUGACUUACAAAUUAUUUCCAGGAGAGAUCAGCUAGGUGUGUUAAGUUGGAGAAGGGAUGGAAAACCUUGGUGGUGGGGUUUCUUUUUCUUUUUCUUUUUUUUCUAUUCCUCUUUUCCUCUGUAAUGUUGCCUGCAGAUUUUGUGUAUAUAUGCAGUUACACACACUUGCAUGGAUUCGGAUACCUGGAUAAUAAGCAAUGGGAUUUUACUGCAUUCAGAAGCCUAGAUUGUCCUUGAGUUCCUGAAAUUGUGCCUGUAAGUGCUGGGAAAAAGUAGGAGUAAAGAUGGACAUGACUGUGUAAGGUUGGAAGAGGAGACCUUCACAGUCAAAUAUGCAUAGGAACAAGUCAAGGCAGCAAGGAGCUCUCCUUCCUGCAGUUCAGGGUUUUUUCUUUCUUCCCAUGUCUAUCUCAUUUCAGAUUAAACUGUAGUUGCAAUAGUCAGACUCUCCAAACACUACAUUUGCAUAGCACUAACAGGCACACUAAGGAUUGCAGCCAAAUCUCCAACCAAAAUCUUUCUUUUGUUACAAUGAGCUUCAGGAAGGCUGCAGCAACAAGAGAGUUCUGUAACUUUGCUAACCCAUUUUGAUAAGUAUCUUAAGCUUUUGUUUCUCAUCAGAAGGUCAAGUUGUGAUAGCCUUACUUUUUUCCUAAGGUAGCUCUCUGUGUCAGAAAGUGUGACCACAGUUUGGCCUGGAAUUUGAAUGUGCUGUGUAUCAGAUAACUGUUAUCACUUGGUUGCAAAGGAGAAUAAUAUACAUUUCAUGUAACUUCUUCCACUCUUGAAAGACAAAUAAAAGUGAGCACCUGACACUUUUUCCCCAGGCA